AUGUCUGAGCUGUGCAGCUCCAAGUGUAAUUUUUCUAGUCUUAUUGUCUCUGACUUGAUUCUCCUCUGCUCCUUCAUUCUCUCUCAUACCCUCUACUUCUCCUACUUGAUCUUCUUCUCCCCUUACCUCCUCAAGCUCCUCUCCUUUCUCUCCCCUCUCUUCAUCACCACUUCCCUCCUCUCCCUCGCCUUCCUCUUCCACACCCAAUCCCACUUCACUUUGCAAUUCAACAAAGAUCACCACUCCAAUGAUCAACACCCCCAAAAUUCAGACGAACUUGGCAUCUACGAAAUCGUGUUCGGCCCUCCAUCAAUGAGAGAAGAAGCCCCACCCCAAAUCUUUGACCAGACCCCCCAGAAAGAUCCAAUUUUCGAGCCGAAUCCGUUGCCGGGCCCCGCCGAGGAAGCUCCGAUCACCGUCGCCGGAAAAAUCGAAAACUCCGGCGAAUUCGUGAAGGCCUCCAAAACUCCGGUGAUGGACCAGGAGAAGAGGCUGGAGAAUUUCCUGAAAAUUCUAGACAAUUUCGAGCGGCUGGCCUCCAAUGUCGAAGAGAAGAAGAUCAAACCAAAACAGAAUCCAUCAGUACUCAUCAAUGGAUCAAAGACAGGCAAAUGUAAUAAAAAUACUGAUCAAUCAAUCUCUCAGCGCAUCAUCAGCGGCGGCGGCGGAGGAGGAGACUCAUUCUCUAGCUACGGGUCGAUGAGGCGGGAGAGGGAGUGGAAGAGGACGCUGGCGGGGAAGCUGUUUGAGGAGAGGCACAACAGCAGUGGCGGCGGCGGAGGAGGGGAAGGGAUGGAUUCGCUGUGGGAGGCGUAUGAGAUGGAGGCCGACAAGGCUAGUACGAGGAAGGGGGGGAGAGAGAAGGAGGAGGAGGAAGAUGAUGAGAUAGGAGGAGGGGAGGUGUGCUGUUUGCAGGCGCUGAAGAUGUCGGCGGGGAAGAUGAGUUUGGGAGUGGGAAGGCCCAAGCUUGUCAAGAUUUCUAAGGCCAUUAAAGGGAUUGGAUGGUUGCAUAGUUUUACCAAAAACAGCAAGAAGGUUCAUAACAAUGGUGAUCAUAGAUAUUAA